ACAGUUUGACGGUACCGGAAGUGGUGUGGAGUGAGUCCUCUUGCUCCUCCUUGCAGGCACCUCUCCGUUGGAGGCGGUAUCGUCUUUUGAACAGGGCGUAGCCGCCCUUUGCAGAAGAAGGAAGCACAUCUCUUUGGCGGAUAGUCCCUCCUUUUUUUUUUUUCAAUCUUUUUCUUUUUUUAAAAUUUCCACACUUAUUUUGGAGCAGACAUCUACAGGCGGCCCGGGGGACUCGUAUUUUCGCAGGCGGCUGGCCCACACAUUCAUGGCCAGUUCUAACAACAGUACCAUGCCGGAUCAAGAGAAACCCAGUGGGAACCCAGACUACAUCGCCUUCGUUCUGGUUCCGGUGUUCUUCCUCCUGGGUUUGUUGGGGGUGGUGAUCUGCCACGUUUUGAAGAAGAAGGGCUACAGGUGCACCACUGCUCAAAAUGAGGAGGAGUGUGAUGCAGAAGACAAGGAUCCUGAGCAGGGUGGAGAGGCGAACGACACCAUGAGUGACAGCGACACCGUGGGACAGAUUGUCCACUACAUCAUGAAAAAUGAAGCAAACUCUGACGCCCUGAAAGCCAUGGUUCAUGAGAACAGCAUCGAUUCCGAUGGGCCCCCGCUCACCCCCAUCUCCACUGGCCCCGCCACCCCUCCGUUGACCCCGUUGUCGCCGCUGGCGCCCGCUGCAGCAGAAAGGCACACCUGCAGCCACCUGCACACCAUCGGCGGAGCAAGCGGCAAGAACAUCUGCACGCGCUGCAGCCACAAGAAAUGGCCGUUGAUGAGGAAGCCGUCGGCCAAGCGAGCGGAGCACCGCCGCAGUCACCUCGGAGAGGUCACGGUGCUGGCCGUGGGCAGGUUUCGUGUGACGAAGUGUGAAAAACCCCCCAGGGAUCGACGCACUCUGAUAAUCACAGACUCUAAUGGGAGCGUCCCAUCAACCCCCACACAGGUGGAGCCCCACAGCCAAGCAACACUGGAACUAAAACAGGAGAUGAAAGAGAACCGGGACAAAGAGAAGCGAUAGAACUUCAGGGAGAACACAAACAUCUGGACACCCCCAUAAAGCCAGGCGAGAGCGUCCGAGACGAGCAGCUCAGGAGUGGACGCUUUACAGAGAACCAAACAUGAUGUUAAUGAGGAGGAGUAGAACUGAUCCAGAAUGAUGGAAACACUUUCCUCCGCAGCAUCACGGCAUCCGGGGUCUUGAACCAGAGCACAAAGUUCUCCAUGAUGUGUACAUAUGUUUAUAAGGUUUUAUAGGAGGAUAUUUGAAAGAGAUUUUUAUCUAUAAUGUCGUGUUUUGCACGUCUUUAUUUAUAUGAGGAAUCUCCAGGCGUGUGAGAUGAAGGACGGCGUUCUCGGACAAAAACUAAGCAGCCAGGAAACGGACUCAAAGCCUCUGAAGAUGAAGAUGGAACCAAGUUUAUUCAGACAGGCAGAAGAAACUCAUCAUCUGGUAGUUUCUGUCGUUCUUCAAGCCCAUCAUUGUGUGUCUUAAGGUUUUUUUUUAAAGUUUGACUUCAAUAAAGUAUACCAACAAA